GUAAAUCAUCAUAAACUCCGUUAACCGUUCCUCAUUCCCCAUUCCUACAUCCCUUUCGCUUCAAGUCUUCCCCAUUUUUGCAACUACUUUUCUCCCUUUCUUCUUCUCCUCAGUGUUUCAGAUCACCUACUCUCUCUCUCUCUCUCUCAUUGGCUUUCACCAGAACUGGAGGAUUGCGCGAUUUCGUCUUCGGAGUUUGAACAUCUUUGACGAAUGCGAUUUCUCUGAUCCUAAGCUUAUAACUUCUACCAAACGGCACCAGAAUCUGAAAUCAGUCGAUGCAAAAUAAGCCGGCAGUGUGAAUAAUUGAUUCUGAUUUGGAUCUGUUAAGUUGAAGGUGAAGAAUAAUGAUAAACACACAACUAGUGGAGAUUCAACCUUGUGAACUCAAGUUCACAUUUGAGGUGAAGAAACAAAGUUCAUGUGCAGUUCACAUAGCUAAUAUCACAGACCAAUAUGUAGCUUUCAAGGUGAAGACCACAUCACCUAAGAAAUACUGUGUCCGGCCUAAUAUAGGUGUUAUCAAACCAAAGUCAACAUAUGACUUCACAGUUACAAUGCAAGCUCAGAGGACAGCUCCAUCUGAUAUGCAAUGCAAGGAUAAAUUUUUGAUUCAGUGCACGGUUGUUCCUUUUGGAACUAAUGAAGAGGAAAUUCCACCCAGCAUGUUCAACAAAGACAAUGGAAAAUAUAUUGACGAGUGCAAAUUAAAGGUUGUUCUGGUUAGCCCACCCCAGUCUCCAGUUCUGCAGCCAGCUAAUGGAAUUUCCAAGCAAGGUGCAUCUAUUGAGACUUUGAUGCAACAGGAAAAAUUCCCAAGUGGUGUUGAAAACCUUCCUCCAGCUCAAACUGUGGUUAAGAACAACAAGGAUAUUAAAUUUGAGGAAGAAACAGAGGAACCAAGAUUGGGUAACAUUGCAGACGUCAAAGAUCUGAACUUUGCAAAAAAUACCGAGUCCAAUAUUGAUGGAAUUGAUGAAACAAUAUGUCAAGUGGUUGAGAACAACAAGGGUGCAGAUUUUGAUGCAGAAGAAGAGGAGCCAAGAUUGGCAAAGACUGCGGAAGACGUCAAGUUGAAUUCUCCUAAGAGCAGGGAGUCUAAUGCCAAUGAGGUUGAGGUUGUUAAAUCAAGACAUCUGAACAUGGAGACAAAAUUGUCACUAUCCAAAGAUGUUGAGGAGCUAAAGUCUAAGAUAAAUUCACUGGGUUCUCAGCUUAUUGAGGCUGAAUGCAUAAUUGCAAAGUUAAAAGAAGAGAAGCGAAGUACCUUCAAAGACGUGGAAAUUUUGAAGCAAGAAUUGGCAUUACUAAAGACAAAGGGUGUUGGAAAAAGAUCUCAAGUUGGUUUUCCCCCGUUAUUCCUUUGCAUGGUUGCAUUGAUUUGUCUCACCAUUGGGUAUCUUGUACGUGCUUAACAAGGAUUUUGCUUGGCUUUGGUAUAUUUGUAACUGUUUAGGAACUUACAAUGUCUUCAGCAUGUUGACAAUUUCAUCUUUUUAUUCAUUUAAUAGCUGUCAACCUAACGAGUUUUUU